AAUAUAGCGCGCAUGCGCAAUGAAAUCGUGGCUGCUCCGCGCGUACUGCUAUUGAUUCGAUUAUUUGUGCUAUUAUUCGGCUGUAAUAAAGCCUGUAUGGAUUUGGAAAGCGGCCCGUGCGAGCCCGGGUUCGUCGGAAUCAGGUUCUGUCAGGAGUGUAACAACAUGCUGUAUCCAAAAGAGGACAAAGAGAACCGCAUCCUCCUCUAUGCUUGCAGGAACUGCGAUUAUCAGCAGGAAGCCGAUAACAGCUGCAUCUAUGUGAACAAAAUCACACACGAAGUUGACGAGCUCACACAGAUAAUUGCUGAUGUGUCUCAGGAUCCAACACUGCCUCGUACUGAAGAUCAUCCAUGCCCUAAAUGUGGCCACAAGGAGGCAGUGUUCUUCCAGUCACACAGCAUGAAGGCUGAGGAUGCAAUGAGGCUGUACUACGUGUGUACGGCUCCACACUGUGGACACAGAUGGACAGAGUGAGGGAGAAGUGGAUAGAUUCAGUCACUUAAUUCAUCUCUAAGGCUAAUGGGUUACAGGGCCUUCCGUGUGAAAUGACUCUUCUUUAGCUAAACCACAUCAGUUUGUGUGUUCAGAGGACUAAGAUGUGUGUGUGAUAAUGGAUGCUUAUAGUGUUUUCUUAUUAAAAUAUUUUUUAAAGAA